AUGAAAGACGCAAAGAAAGAUCCAGAGAUAGUAUGGAAUCAGGUUCAGAUGAGAAGCCCAUCGGGAAACCCUCUUGUUUUUGGACACUCGAGCCGACCCAUUCCCAAGCUCAUGGUCUGGUUAAUCCUCUUCGUUUCAAUUACUUAUGUUAUCUACACUCUCAAGCUCUUAACAGCCUCGGUUCACCUUGCCUCCGGCGAUUUCCCCUUCACUUCAUCUCUUCAACGGCGUUCGUUAACACCAUCGUUUCUCAACCAAACGGCUGAUUCGAAGUCACCCAUUCAUCGCCAUCGGAACGUUCGAGAAAAACCGGUGUCGGCAGUACAAAUACAAGGUGCUCCGAACCAGCCGAGGCCGACGGAAAUCCACGACAUUGUUUUUGGAAUUGCAGCUUCUUCCAAGCUAUGGCAGCAGAGGAAAGAGUACAUCAAGAUUUGGUUCAAGCCGAACAAAAUGCGGGGCGUGGUUUGGCUCGACGAUCGGGUGAAAUAUAGUCCCGAAGACAAGCGAACGCUUCCACCGGUUCGUGUCUCGAGCGACACUUCCAACUUCGCUUACACGAACCGGCAAGGUCACCGGUCCGCGAUUCGUAUAUCGCGGAUCGUGACGGAGACAUUGAGGUUGAAGAUGGAUAACGUGAGGUGGUUCGUGAUGGGCGACGACGACACCGUAUUUAUAACGGAUAACCUGACUUGGCCUUGCCAUGAUUCCCUGAUGGCUUUGUCUGACCACAAUCAGUCGAUGCCACUCCUUGGCUACUCGAAGAGCAUUCGUUGCCAUCUAUCCAUUGUCCUUGCCAUGGCCUCCCCCAUUUUCGCCACUCUCCUCGGGCAUGGGUCUGGACGACUCAUCUUUGGUUGGCUUGCUCCUGCAAGUACACACCUUGACUCGGCUACAGCUCCGGCUUCCGAACAACUCUGA